AUGGGACGGAUGGCGUCUCAUACAAGCAGUCGCCAUACCAGCUCUGCUACCAACACCCCGGUCUCCUUGACUGACCUGCACCGAGAGCGAGCAUUAGAGCGCUCAAAGACGACAAACUUACGCACAUCACCAUACGAUGAGCCGGUUCGUCUACGCAAUGCAUGUGACCCAUGUCACCAGCUCAAGCGGAAAUGCUCUGGCGAAAUGCCCUGCGAGAACUGCACCCUCUCCAACUCGACCGAGUCGUGUUUAUACAGACCGGUAAAUCGACUAGGUCGACCUCGCGGAUCAAGAAACCGGCAGAAAGCAUCUACGCAGUCGAGAACAAACUCGAAGCAGCAGCGGCGGCUCCCGGCUUCGGAGAGGCAUCAUGUUCCCACACCUCCCGCCACCGACCCCAUGUCCUUCUCGCUAGACUCGCUUGAGCACUCGACGUCAGAGGACAUGGCCUGGGACUGCUUGCUAGACGAAGAUUUGCUCACUCUCUCAUCGCGUGCAAACACCGACAUGGACAUGGAUGCCCUGACGGCUGCCGACUUGAAUUCCCAGCACAUCAACUCUUGCCCCAGUUCGGCAAAGUCGUCCUACGCCACCAUGUCCAACACACUAUUCGGCACACUUCCGCAUGAGCAGCCUUGUCACGAGCAACAACGACUGCACAGACAAGCCGCUCUUGAAUGGCCACAAUCCUGCUCAUCAUCCCCCACAAUGCCGCACCCAUGCGCCAGCCCAGACUGUCUCCACAAUCACCACAACAAAAAGGCCAGACAGCGGCUUGACUCGAUCAAUUCGCCCUGCCAAUGUGCUCAAGGCCUCCGCACACUCCUCACGAGUCUCGGCCGGAGCACUUCUGUGUCCACGUCGUCAGGCUCUCAGACACAGCAACACCAGCUCUCCGAGCGGCCCCUCUAUCCUGUCGACACGGUCCUAUCCAACGCCACGCGUGCGCUUGAACAAUGGUCGGCAUUUGAACUCUGCCACUGCUGCUACUCGACCUCUGGGGAAGAGCAAAUCGAAAACACCUUUCUCCUCGCCUUUCUCAGCGUCCAGUGCGUCCUCGGUCAACUGCGCUCUCUCCCCUGUUCAGACUCCGAUCUGACUGUUCCUGCUACCACCUGCGUGCGCGUCGGCACCUUUGACGUCACGGGCCAGAAGCGCGCGAGCAUCCUCUGCAUGCUCCGCGUAGCACUCGCCCAGGAAAUCGAGAAUGCUGUCGAAGCAUUGAGAUGUAAGAUUCAUGACCCUUGUGCUGCAAACGAUGGCAGGGCGGCUAGUAGUGGCUUGCUCGCCCAGAUUGACGUCAUGUUUCAAGAUUUGGCAAUGGACAUUCGAAUGCUGCAACAGCAGGGAACCUUGGUGGCUACUAUGUAA